AUGGGCUCUAUCAACGACACCCCCUCCCUAACCUUCCAUCCCCUCCAUCCCACCUUCGGCGCCGAAUGCUCAGGCGUUGACUUCUCCAAGCCCGUGCCCCCCUCGACCAUUGACGCCAUCAAAGCUGGUAUGGCCAAGUACGGCUUUCUCGUCUUCCGGCGCACCCAACUCGACGACGCCGGCCACGUCGCCUUCGCCUCCCAACUCGGCGACCUCGACGACUCCACGACCUGGAUCAAACCGGGUCAGAAGUACCGCCUGGAUCCAUACACCCAGCUCACGGACGUUGGCAACAUCGAAGCCGACGGCAACGUGGUCCCAACCAGCAGCCUUCGCCACCAAAUGGGUCUCGGAAACGGCCUGUUCCACGUCGACUGCUCUUACAACCCUCGUCGGGCGGGGUUCUCGCUUCUUCGUGCCCAUCAACUCCCGCCGAAGGGCACAGGCGGGGGCACGGCGUUUGCAGACACGCGCACGGCCUACGCUGAGCUCGACAACGACACGAAGGCACAGAUAAAUGACUACGUACUGUGCCAUUCUCUGUGGCAUAGUCGACGGCUUGGGGCGCCGGACUGUGAUUUCCUGAAGCAGAUGAAUCCCGUGGAACUUGGGAUGGCGAGACACAAGCUGGUGCAGGAGCAUGAACCGAGCGGACGCACGAACUUGUAUAUUGCCUGGCAUGCGUAUAAUAUUGAUGGGUGGACGAGAGAGGACAGUCAGCCGGUUAUCGAGCGCUUGUUGGAACAUGCGAGUCAGGAUAAGUAUACGUUUCAGGUUGAUUGGGAGAAUAAUGGGGAUUUAGUCAUUUGGGACAACACAUGCGUCAUGCACCGUGCCUGCGGCGGCUCCUUUGCAGGGAAGUACGUCCGCGACAUGAGACGCGCGACGGUGCACGAUUCCUCCUCCACGGCGUGGGGACUGAAUGAGAAGACUGAUUCUCGAGCUGGUAUGUUCGGUGCUGGAAUGCCGAAGCCAACGCAGGGAUAG